AUGUCCAGAAUUCACAGUCUCAAGGUCUUCAUCAGACAGCGGCUCUCCGCGGCUGUGGAGGACAUACUGGGACAUCUGGAGAAGACCAUCCUGGAGUAUGAAGAGGAGAUGGAGAGACGCCGUCGAGACUCUCUGGAUGUGAUUUUAAAGGCUGAAAUGAAGCAACGCAAAGCAGGGUAUCUCUCAAAUGUCCAGCAGAUGUUGAACAAGCAGCUGGAGAAAAGCUCCACUGUUGACCAGGAGGAACCAAAGGGCCUGCAGAUUAAAAAGGAACAGGAGGAGGUGGUUAUCAACAAGAUGACAGGCAGUUCUGUCCUUGUGAAAACAGAAGAACAUGAGCUGGAAGCUCAGUCUUCACAGCUUUAUCCCAGCCAGACUAUAGAGAUUGAAGACAACCGUGGAGAACUUGAAACUGGUAAUGGUUACAUUAAUCCAGAUUUGAGAGCACCAAAAACUGACAUCGGGGCUGAGGAGGUCAAUGUAAUCCAGGAUUAUAAAAAUCCUCUGAACGACAGUGUGUCCAUUGGUGUGAACACGUUUCGAUGCUCUCAAUGUGGGAAAAGAUUCGGCUCCCUGAGUUAUCUGGAGCUGCACAUCAGAUGCCACACAGGAGAUAGACCUUUCAGGUGUCCUGUUUGCAGGAAGUGCUUCUCGUGGGGAGGACGUCUCCAGAAACACAUGAGAAUCCACACAGGGGAGAAACCUUUCAGGUGCUCGGUGUGCGGCAGAAGCUUCAGCGAAAGUGGGAACCUGAAGGUCCACAUGAGAAUUCACACAGGAGAAAAACCCUUCAACUGCACCGUUUGUGGAAAGAGAUAUACGCAGAGAGGGAAUCUGAAAAUGCACAUGGCCAUUCACAAAGGCGACAACAUAUUCAGAUGCAGUCUUCAUCAGUUGGAACAACUUCAUCAUCAGAGCCAGGCUGGGCCGAACAGAAACUGUGUGAGAGGACAACAAUCAGCCCCAAACCCGUAUCCACAAGAGGAUUUACAAGCAGGACCUCUUCUUAGAGUUGAUGAUGAAACUGGAAAUAGAGAAGUCCAUGUAAACUGUACAGGAUGUUCUACCUGUAAAAAAACCCUCAGUUGCUCUGUGUGUGGGAAAAGAUUUGGCUUUAAGGGACAGCUGAAGGCCCACAUGAGAUGUCACACAGGAGAAAAGCCUUACAAGUGCCCCAUCUGCUGGAAGUGUUUCUCAUGGAACGGGUGUUUGCAGAAACACAUGAAAAUCCACACGGGCGAGAAACCCUACAGGUGCACCGUGUGUGGGAAGGGUUUCAUUGAAAGUGGGAACCUGAAAGUUCACAUGCGGAUUCACACAGGAGAAAAGCCCUUCAGCUGUCCAGUCUGUGGUAGAAGAUACAGACAGAAGGGAAGUCUAACCAAACAUCUGGAAGUCCAUCAAGACGAGAAAUGAUUUCAAACGUCUUAGAAACCAGGAUUUCUAGACAACAACCUAAUAUUUUAUUUAAUAUUGGAAAUAAUUCCUUAA